ACAGCGAGAGCAAUUAUCAAACCCUUUAUCGCGGAUUUCCGUUACUCAGCUCUCGUCCUCGGCCAGCAUCGUUCGUUCGCUAUCUGCCUCUUCCUCGACAGCGCUCUUGCGGGGGGUUUCGCCAGACCCGGGAGGAGAACAAUGCGCGCCCACCACACCACGCCUCUCUCAUAAAACGCGCCUCGAACACGCAGAACCAGAGUCGCCUCGUCAUUUGCCGCCCUCGUCAGCCAUCGUCGACGCUUUCCCCCCCGUCUCGCUUGAUCCCGCGACUUGAGACCGUCAAGACAGCUUCGACGCACCCGGCGCGCGUCAUGGACCGGCCACCAGAAACGACUCCCGGCGGCACCUCGCCGCGAACCUUUGCCCUGAAUCACGCCAGACCGAAGUCCAGCUUUCAGGGCUGCUCGCGCAUCUCCGACUAUGAGCUACAAGGCAAGCUGGGCGAGGGAACCUUUGGUGAGGUCCAUCGCGCUCGAUCACGCAAGACGGGCGCCCUCGUCGCCCUCAAGAAGAUUAUAAUGCAUCACGAAAAGGACGGCUUUCCCAUCACCGCCCUGCGAGAAAUCAAGCUUCUCAAACUUCUGUCACAUCCAAACAUCUUGAGAUUGGAAGACAUGGCUGUGGAGCACCCCACAAGACAGACCGACAAACGCAAGAAACCCAUCAUGUACAUGGUGACGCCAUACAUGGAUCACGAUCUUUCCGGCCUCCUCGAUAAUCCGUCCGUCCACUUCAAGGAGGCUCAGAUCAAGUGCUACAUGAUCCAGCUUCUUCAGGGCCUGCGCUACUUGCAUGAAAACCACGUCCUGCACCGAGACAUGAAGGCCGCCAAUCUUCUCAUCAACAACAAGGGCAUCCUCCAAAUUGCUGAUUUCGGCCUGGCCCGCCACUACGAUGGGCCAACGCCUAGGGCCGGGCAUCCUGUCGGAGAGGGCCGACGAGACUAUACUGGGUUGGUGGUAACAAGGUGGUAUCGUCCCCCCGAGCUUCUGCUGCAGCUCAGGCAAUAUACCACCGCCAUCGACGUGUGGGGUGUUGGCUGCGUCUUCGGAGAAAUGCUGUUUGGCAAGCCCAUCCUUGCGGGCGAGAGCGACGCUCAUCAACUCGAGCUCAUCUGGGAUCUCAUGGGAUCGCCCACCGAUGAGAACAUGCCCGGAUGGAAGAAUCUGCCAGGGGGUGACCACCUGAAUCCUCGACCACGACCGGGCAAUCUCCAGAGCCGGUUCAGAGAAUACGGUACUGGGGCGAUUUCUUUACUGAAAGACCUGCUGAAGCUGGAUUGGAAGACGCGCAUCAAUGCCGUGGAUGCAUUGCAACAUCCGUACUUCAAGAAGGAGCCCCUACCACUGGAGCCCCAUCAGCUUCCGACCUAUGAGGAGAGUCACGAGCUUGACCGGAGAAAGUUCCACGACCGCAAGGCCGCCCUGCCCCCUGCUCCCAAGGGAGGAACAGUUGGCCUGGGACCCGAUGCAAACGGAGCAACCGCCGGCUUCAACAGCAGCGACGCCUACGGGAGUGGCCGGAACGGUGUCAACGGAGGCCGCUUCAGAGGCCCCGACGAUAGGCGACCGGCGUGGCGAGAGCGCGGGCCUCCGGACGACGACCGGCCCCGUGAUGAUCGACGACGCCCAACUAGCAAGGACAGCGGCCGACGAUAUGACAGAGACCGGCGAACCAGGAGUCGAAGCCGCUCGCCCAUCCACGAUAGGAAUCGCGACCGAGAUCGCACAGAUCGAGACAUGUACCGACGGUGA